AUGGAGGAGAAAUAUCGGUCAAACAACACGAAAAUGAGCAGAAAUUCCAGUAAUAACUAUAUAGACUCCUCUAAUGAUGAACAAAAUCAUGGAGAAGAUCGACAACCAUAUUUACGACGUAAAUGUGGCCUUGAGCUGCCAUUAGUUACAUCAUGGUCAACCAAAAAUCCUGGGAGAAGAUUGCAGGCCUGCCCAAAUUAUGGGACAAACGAGAAGUGUGAUGUAUUCAGAUGGUGGGAUCCUGAAAUGUGUGAUAGGUCAAAGAGAAUUAUCUCUGGGCUACUUAGAAAAAUCAACAAAUUGGAAAAUGAGGUUGCAAUGUACAAGGAAAAUGAAGAGAAGUCAGGUAUUGUAGUUAUGAGUAUGCAGAUGGGAAAAAAUGCACUGUUGCAGCUUAGGGAUUAG